AAACCCACACAAGCACAGGGAUAAACAUACCUCGCAAAGAGAUGUCAGUAUGAAUUAUUUCAGUAAAUCCAUUCAAAAAGUGAAUGAUAUAAUAUUUCAAGAAUGCAUUGCUUAAUCAUUUUUGAUGAAAACAGCUUAUAGCGAUUAAAACCAUAGAAUUUAGCAGUGAUGUUAAACUUGAGUGGUGUACUACGAUCAUCAAAUUAACUGCAAAGGCUUUUUGAGCUUUUAAAGGCGACCUAUCGUACUCAUUAACGUGCUCCAGAGGACUUCCGGGCAGCUGCCGAACCCAUUUUUUUCAGAUUACUUACACAAAAUAAAGAGUUAUGACAAUGAAAUUGUUACGUACAUCAAAUUAACUGCAAAGGCUUUUUGAGCUUUUAAAGGAGACCUAUCGUACUCAUUUCCAUGCUCCAGAGGACUUCCGGGCAGCUGCCGAACCCAUUUUUUUCACAUUUUUUCAGAUUUUUUCGGGCUUCAGCAACAGUUUGGCAAAUAGUUUUGUAUUGGCCCAUGUUCACCAAUACAGAAGUGCUGUUGACAGAUGAGUUCAUUUUUCUCUUAAUGGUCGGGGAUCAGAAACUCCCAACCACUUGAAGUACGUUGGGGUAGGCUCCAGCUACAGACCUCAUAUAUUGUGCAUUGGUCUGGAUGUUAUAGCUGAUCUGUGUACUUCAUUGGGUGUUGUGCCUGAGUGAGUGCAAGGCCUCCUCAGCAGCAUGACUUCCUCUCCAUCUACUUUUUUUUUUUUUUACAAAAAAAAAAACAUCCCUACUGGCAUCGCCCUCGUUUCCGCAUUCCCAAAUCCUCCCAGAUGGGGCUCACGUUUGGAAUCGGGCUGAUGCAACGGUUUCCACUGUUUAAAAUCUACUCUCGACCCACGUCCGUCCAGAAGAAAGGACAUCUGUUCCACCAAAGUUCCAAGUCAGCUGUGGUCCCGGUCGAUUGUGUCGCCAUGCCGGGGCGAAUUCCAGAUCCCUCUGUGACUGCAGGAUCCCUCCCCAGCCUGGGCCCACUGGCUGGCAUCUCUGCCACCACGCUGACGGACACGCUCAAGUUUGGUGACUUUCAAGAGUUUGACAACACGCUGUCACCUCUGCACUUCACAGGCUGCACGGGAAACGGGCCUCUUGUCAUCAAAAGAGAGAAAAACGAAGAGGAUGAGCGAAGGAAACGAAGGCGAGAGAAAAACAAAGUGGCUGCAGCUCGGUGUCGAAACAAGAAGAAAGAAAGAACAGAUUAUCUACAAAAGGAGUCGGAAAGAUUAGAGAUGUUAAACUCGGAUCUGAAAGCCCAGAUUCAGGAGCUGAAAGUAGAACGGCAGCAGCUGAUCCACAUGCUCAACCGCCACCGUCCCACGUGCAUCGUCAGGACAGACAGCAUCCAGACGCCUGAAAGCGACGUGAAUCCGUUGCUGGAGCAGCUGGAGGACAAAUGAAGGCUUGCUGAUGAACGUGAAGCCAACUAGAAGCACGUUGAGACAAGGAGGAUGUUACGCCAUAAGAUGUGGACUGGAUAUCUUCUGGCACUUAAAUCAGACUUUUUGUUUACUAUUUAAGCGUUUGUGGCUGCACGGUAGACGAGUGGUUAGCACGCAGGCUGGGAUACCAGAGUUCAAUUCCAUCCUCGGCCAUCUCUGUGUGGAGUUUGCAUGUUCUCCCCGUGCAUGCGUGGGUUUUCUCCGGGUACUCCGGUUUCCUCCCACAUUCCAAAAACAUGCUAGGUUAAUUGGCGACUCCAAAUUGUCCAUAGGUAUGAAUGUGAGUGUGAAUGGUUGUUUGUCUGUAUGUGCCCUGUGAUUGGCUGGGUGUACACCGCCUCUCGCCUGAAGACAGCUGGGAUAGGCUCCAGCACCCACUGCAACCCUCGUGAGGAAAAGCGGUAGAAAAUGAAUGAAUGAAGUUUAGAAGUGGUGAGCUAGUUAGCUUGCUUGCUUGUUAGCUUGCCCUGUGAUUGGCUGGUGAAGACAGCUGGGAUAGGCUCCAGCACCCCCGUGACCCUCGUGAGGACAACCGGUAGAAAAUGAAUGAAUGUAUUAUUCUGGUCACUAGGCACAAAAUGACACAAAACAUUGAGACGUUACCUUACAUUACAUAACCUUAACACGAGUGCAUGAGUGUUAAGGUUAGUGGUUCUCCUCCCAUCUUGUGUGGAAGUGGUAGUUUUUUUUUCCUUAAGUUUAGAAGUGAGCUAGGAGACCCGAGUUCAAUCCCACCCUCGGCCAUCUCUGUGUGGAGUUUGCAUGUUCUCCCCGUGCAUGCGUGGGUUUUCUCCGGGUACUCCGGUUUCCUCCCACAUUCCAAAAACAUGCUAGGUUAAUUGGUGACUCCAAAUUGUCCAUAGGUAUGAAUGUGAGUGUGAAUGGUUGUUUGUCUAUAUGUGCCCUGUGAUUGGCUGGCAGCCAGUCCAGGGUGUACCCCGCCUCUCGCCUGAAGACAGCUGGGAUAGGCUCCAGCACCCCCCUUGUGAGGACAAGCGGUAGAAAAUGAAUGAAUGAAUGAAAUUUAGAAGUGGUUAGCUCGUUAGCUUGCUAUAUGUGCCCUGUGAUUGGCUGGUGAAGACAGCUGGGAUAGGCUCCAGCACCCCUGCGACUCUUGUGAGGAUAAGCGGUAGAAAAUGAAUGAAUGAAUUGAAGCGCUUGCCCCUUCCUACUAUGGUAAAUCAUAAAUGCUAUAUAUUUUGUUGCUUUUCUUUCUAGUCAUUCCUCCUCCUGACGCAGGCGUCAAUUUAUUCACAUGCUUACAUUAUGAUGUACCUUAUGAUAGUGUUAUCACUACCAAUUUUUGUUUUUUUUUAUAUAAACCAUCAGAAUAUGUAUACCUCAAGGAAAUGUUUAGAUUUUUGAAUUGAACAUGAAAGUGUG